AUGCCUCCUGUUCUUCGUCUGUCUGAUGGAGCUUUGGCCACAGAUCCGCCCACUAGUCGAACAGGAGCUGGGGCGGAGGAUUUGGAGCUGUUGUCAGAUCUCGAUUCUCAGAAGAGUCACUCGAACAAAUCGGCACCGGCUUCGACUGGAGCUCGCAGUGAUGUGACCACGAUGAUGCUUCGGAACGUGCCGAAGCAUCUGUCGCAGGCGGACCUCGUGGCGGAGUUGAACGCCUCUGGUUUUAUGCACGCCUUCGAUUUUUGCUACCUGCCUCGACACUUUGAGAGUGCUGAGAACCGGGGCUAUGCUUUCGUGAACUUCGUCACGCCAACGAAUGCUCUGAAGUUUCAACGUGCCUGGCAGAAUCGCGAAUUCAGGGUUGUUGGCUGCGCUCCAAUGUUGAUCAGCGUGUCUCACGCAGAUGUGCAGGGUCUUCAAGCCAACGUGAGCCUUGGCACCACUUGGGCGUUCUGGUGUCUAGGGUUCCGCAUGUUCAGGCGUUUUCGCUCUGUUGAUCCCAUGCAGCUUCCUUCCUCUAUCCCAGGUGUCUUCCUUUCCGGUACUUAUUCCGGACUUGAUACGUACCGUGAGUCCUAG